GUUUGGAAUGCUUUAUCCUGCAUAUUAUUCAUACAAAGCUGUGAAAACAAAAAAUGUGAAGGAGUAUGUUCGAUGGAUGAUGUACUGGAUUGUCUUUGCUCUCUAUACUGUGACUGAAACAGUAGCAGAUCAGACAGUUGCUUGGUUCCCCCUGUACUAUGAGCUUAAGAUUGCUUUUGUCAUAUGGCUGCUCUCUCCCUAUACCAAAGGAGCAAGUUUAAUAUAUAGAAAAUUCCUUCAUCCACUACUUUCUUCAAAGGAAAGGGAGAUUGAUGAUUAUAUUGUACAAGCAAAGGAACGAGGCUAUGAGACUAUGGUAAACUUUGGGCGGCAAGGUUUAAAUUUAGCAGCUACUGCUGCUGUAACUGCAGCAGUGAAGAGCCAAGGAGCAAUAACUGAACGUUUACGAAGUUUCAGUAUGCAUGAUUUAACAGCUAUCCAAGGUGAUGAGCCUGUGGGACAAAGACCAUACCAACCUCUCCCAGAAACAAAAAAGAAAAGUAAACCAGCCUCCGGUGAAUCACCAGGUGAUGGAAUUCCGCUGAGAGAUGGAGAUGAGAAAACAGAUGAAGAAGCGGAUGGGCCAUAUUCAGAUGAUGAGAUGUUAACACACAAAGGGCUACGAAGAUCACAAAGCAUGAAAUCUGUGAAAACCGUGAAAGGCCGAAAAGAGGUGCGGUAUGGGUCACUGAAAUACAAAGUGAAGAAGAGACCACAAGUUUAUUUUUAGUCAUGUACAUGUCAAGUAUCCCAAGACAAAUUAUGCUAAUACAUCAACUUUUCUUCUAACAUCAUAUAUUCAGGAUUUAUACAUUAAAAUAAUUCUUUAAGUUGUGGUGGUGAUAGGGUUUACUUUCAUCUAUUUAAAUAGCUUUUAUUUCUUUAACAAUUACUUCCAAAUCUUGACUACUAAAGGUAGUUUUGCAAAAAUUGAUAGAUAGAUAUAUCAGUAAUAAUAGAAUACUGUGUUAUCUAUUGUCACAUUCUUCAUAACACUGAGUGCCUGUGAUGUAAAGUGAAACACAAACCCACAGUAUACUUGAAAAGAGUCUUUUCAUGGUUCAAGAUACACCAGACUUUGUGAUAUUGUAUUGUGUUUACCUGUAUUUCUGUUACUAUCCUCUCUAUCACAUGAGGAUAGUAAUUAAAUAGGCCUCUGAUCCAGCAGUGAUAGAACAAGGGUAUAAUGUAAGAUAAAGUACGCUUUAUAUUCUUCAAGUUUUUACUUUGUUAAUACUUUCUAGUUUUUCCACCAUCAACUAACUGAAAGUUUUCAAGGCAAAUGUUUGAAAACCAGGUAUCUACAUAGCACUUUCAUUCCUGACUAGUUUUGCACACUUGAAAAUUGUUUACUUAUUUUACAACUGUACAUUUAAGUUUUAUUAACACUGUGUUUAUUGUUAUUUGUCAUAUUCUGGCAUGUCAAAUUUAUGCCUUGAAUUACAUCAUCUCUUUUCCUGUGGGUUUCAUUAGUUAUAUUCAUUUAAUUUUAAUAAUAAAAACCAGAGCUUAUUUUUCAAUUUUAACUAUUUUUACUUACCUUCUUUACAGAUAAGAAGUUAUUUUAAAACUCACCAGCUUCCCAUAUUUAGCUCUAUAGUGUAGUUGAACUUAGCAUGUUUUUGUUGACACUGGUUAUGUUUUCAGCUUUUAAAAGUGGUAGCUUUUGUGAAAUGGAGUCAUAGACCAGUAUAGCACUGAGGUAUCUUCUAAUUCAUGAAAUUAACCAACAGCCAAUCCAUUCAAAAGCUUGGCACUGAUACGAGCUGCUGAUUUAUAAAUCUGUCAUUGACUAGAACCAUUUGAAUCACUUCACUUCUAGCUGAGAUAAUUUCCUGAAGAUACCUGCCGAUGCAAAAUACAAAUGUUGUUAAUCUUACAUAUUAGAAGUUAUUAGAAUAGAUUUUAGAAAAAUACCAUUUUUUUUAAUCCAAGAGAAUUUGAGUUACUGAACUUUGAGGUUUUUUAGGUGGCAUAGGUAACUAUGCAUUAUGAACCCUAAGUAAAUAUAUUUCUGAUGAUGGUUUUAGUGAUCAGUAAUCAAAUUUGUAUUAUUAUACUUGUUCAGACAAUUUACUUGAUUUUUCUGUUCGUCCAAAAGAAAAA